AUGAUUCUUAUUGCAACAAAGAUCAUUGUUGGCAUUCAUAUCUUGAUAUAUUUUGGUACAAGUCUGGUCGUUUGUAAUAAUGAUAUCCCUUUUUGUCGCAAGCGGUUCAAUGAACUGAGAGAAAACGAGAAAGACUGGCGUAAUCGAUACUUGAACGGUGAAGGUCAAAAUCUUGCUACACUGCGCUGUGAAGCAAAUAAAGAAUACAAUUACGAGAGGAUGUGUAUGUACAAGAAGAUAUGCUUUCAUAUUAAUAAAGGUAACAUUAAACGAAUGAAGACUAUGAAAUGCAGAAUGUUUUUAUUACUCUGAUGUAUCAAAACAGAGAUUUAUACAUGCAUAGUUCCAGGAAAGAAUCUAUAUUUUCGAUUGUGAAAGACAUUUCUUUAAGCUAAAGGGCAACACGCAAACUGACUAUAGAAUAAUUCCAGUAAAGUCCAAAUUCAAGAAAGUAUUUUGUUUUCAUAAUUUCUUUUAAAACAUAUGGAAAUCAAUAUAGGGUCUGCUCACACAAUUAUCUUCUUUCUUUAAAUUGAUUGUAGUUCUGUAGGAAUUCAGAAGGUGCAACAAGUGUCUCUAUAUAAUUUUUCUACUGCUUUUCUAGUCUAUAGCAGUUUUAAAUAUUUGUAGUAAUGAUAUAGCAAUGAUAAAUAUUUCUAGUUUUGUCCACGAAACAAAAAUGUAAGGGGAUGACUUACAGUUCCUUAAGUCGUUCGCCAAAGAUUUCAGAAAUUGGUUCCUGGCGUUUCCAAAUUUUAUGCUUUCGAUAAAUGUUAAAUGUGUGUAAACAUUGUCUUUGACACACAUUCACUCUUAAACAAAAUAAGUAAAUAGCUUUUUAUAGUUAAAGAGUAAAAUAUAAUAAAAUAUGAAUUUAUGUUCUCUUGCUAAACAUUUAUUGACUUAGUUACAAAUAGUCUGUGCUAAUAUGUCGCUCUUUCUGAAGGACUCCCUGCUGAACCCUACUUGCUGAUUAAAUCAACGUCUGAAAUCCACGCCAUUGAUUUGACAACCCCAAAGACAACUGUGGCAACCCAAACGACAAAUAUCGCAACCCUAAAAACAACUGUUGCAACCCUAAAGACAAAUGUCGCAACCCUAAAGACAACUGUUGCAACCCUAAAGACAAAUGUCGCAAUCCUAAAGACAACUGUCCCAACCCUAAAGACAACUUUCAUAACCCUAAAGAGAACUGUCGCAAUCCUAAAGACAACUGUCGCAAUCCUAAAGACAACUGUCGCAAUCCUAAAGACAACUGUCACAGCAACCCUAAACACAACUGUCGCAAGCCUAAACGCAACUGUCGCAGCAACCCUAAACACAACUGUCGCAACACUAAAGACAACUGUCGAAAUCCUAAAGACAACGGGCGCAAACCUAAAGACAACUGCCAAAACCCUAAAGACAACUGUCGCAACCCUAGAGACAACUGUCGCAACCCUAAAGACAACUGUCGCAACCAUAAAGACAACUGUCGCAAUCCUAAUGACAACUGUCGCAGCAACCUUAAACACAACUGUCGCAGCAACCCUAAACACAACUGUCGCAACCCUAAACACAACUGUCGUCAUCAGUGGCCUUGCACGUGGGAGGAUGGAAAUUGACACCGUGGACAACAACUUAUACAUCGCAGACAGCAACAGCAUAUCAAGGGUAAACUUGGUUGACAUGUGCGUAGAAGUCAUUUUACAAAAUUUAAGUGUUGAUGACAUUGCAGUUGACUGGAUAAAACGACGUCUAUACUGGGCUGAAUAUUCAAAAAAGCAGAUUUCCGUAGCGAAUUUGGAUGGAAAAAAUAAAAUUGUGCUAAUGAACACAACGAGUUACCCGUCCGGUAUAGCAAUGGAUCCAACAUGGAGGUAAGUUUAUUGAUUUGAAGAAUUUCUUUAUGGUGUGCUAUAUAUUUGAUGACGAAUUAUUGCGAAUCAUGCCAAGGGCCGUGAAAAUGAGGGGGGGGGGGGAGGACACUGGGGACCGGUGACCCCACUUUUUUGAAAAUACAAAAACGCGGCUUUUUUCAAACGAAAGUGCAUGCCCGUUUUACAUUAUAAAAUGUUCUCUAUUUUAGAUAAAUACAGUAUGUUAGACAAAGUUUGCUAGUUAUUUGGAAGCCUACGAUCGGUCAUAAAAGUUAAGGUGCAAAAAUGCGACCAAAGACGAUUGGAAAUUUUUAAUUUAUGUUGACUUUAACAUCCACAUCUCAUUUAUUUUUUUAUGUUACAUUACUUUUUGUGUAGAAUGCGCAUACGUUGAGGACAAAUUUUAGGACAAAAUCCGGCGUUCAGAAUACAGGAAAUGGCAUUUCCGAGUUCAAAAAUUCAAACGUUUCCUGGGAAACCGAAUCCCCUUUUUGUGCAAGGUCCAGGGCAACGGUAAAACUUCAAAAUGGAUCCGGCCCGGGAGUGCCCUUCCAACUCAGAGCCACCUCCCCACCCGCCCCCUCCACUUUUGAGAUGCUCUUGCGGCCUCAACCUUGUUCCCAGGCUUUUUCCUCUUAGGAAGGAGAUAAUCAUGGCGUUGCGGCAGUUGCGCUAUUUUUCGCUGAGUCGGACCAUACGCAACCGAGAAGACAGGGAUGGCAAAUCGGUAACAUUAGCACUUUGUCCUACGUUUCCAAUCCUUGUCUUCCGAAUUCUGUAUUGUCGGAUUUCUAUGUGGUCUCUAUUCUGUGACAGAGAGAUUAUGUUAAGCCAAUAAGCCAAUAGAUUUUUAAAUGAUGAAUGUACAUCCUCUCCACGAGGUUGAUACUCUUCAUUUAGAUUUCUGUAAUAAUUAAUUCUUUGUAAUUGUUCAUGGCGAUAGUACAAUACAAGUUUUACUUUGCAUAGUUUUCCCGUUUCACUCCUCAUAAUAGUACUGUUAUUUCAUAUUGGGCUUUAUAAUAUUUUCAUAUUGGAAAGAAGUACUUCAGUGCAUUUUCUCUUUCAAAAGCUGUAGGGAGGUAGACAAUUUGUAUUUAUUGAUCAAGACAAUUACGAAAUGAAACGUAUAUAUAAAAGAACAUAUUCACUACCUAACCGGUAAACUCAUAAUAAAAUAUAUACAUUCCACAUUACAUGUGGUUAUAUACAAUCUUUGUAAUCAGUCUCAAAAUUUAUUCUUGAAAUUGAUUACAGAAUAUGUUUGCUAUGGACGUUCGGCAGCAUUUUCCUUAGAAUACAGCAACUUGUAAUUAUUUAGUACCAACUUAUUUAACAAACAGAUCAUCUAAGGAGAAGGAAUUUAGUAAAAACCGGGGCAAAAACAUUAUGAGUUGUACCCAUCUUUUAAUAUUAUCGUUCUUCGUUGCUCCAUAGGUUUUUUUUUUGGACCGAGCCUAUUGCAAAGUUAGUACGGGGAAUACGUUUGGCUCCAAAGUACACAGUAAUGUUGGCAAACCGUAAGUUCUCGGAACCUUACGCUAUUACUGUUGAUUGCACUGAGAAACGAGUUUACUGGCUCGAGAACGAGAUUCAAUCCGGCGUUGACCAUAUUGUUUCAAGUCAAUACAAUGGCGUGGAUCAGAAAACUAUUAUAAGUGGAUUAUUCAAUGAUUAUUUACUGGGCGUACUUGGAGAUUUACUGUACUUCCUGAACAAUGAUCCAUUCUAUGUAAAUGAGAUAAAUAUAUCAAACGGAAAUAUAUCUCGCAAUAUUCUGGUGGACAACAAUUCAUAUUACAAUGAUCUGGUCGUUGUACAUAGCUAUAUACAGCCUCAACAGCGAAUGGGUGAGUUAUAA